AUGCUUUCCAAAUCUCUUCUACUCUGGCCCGCCGUUGCAUUGGCUUCGGUGACCGUUGAGGAUCCCUCGGACGUGAUCGAUCCUUCGUUAUGGGCAGCGGACAAUGCAAUCAUCCCCGACUACGACAUUGCGAUGGUCUUAUCGCAACCUUCAGACAUCCUGGCUACCCGCAAUGUCAAGGGAAAGACCGCAAGUGCCGAUCAUGUCACUUGGUAUGCCACGGCGAACGACACCAGCGUCCUGCUCGUGGCAGAUAAAGGCUCUUUCACGGGCUCUUACAUGACCUUCGACAAGAGUGGCUACUCCACCAACCUGAACGAUGCUACUUGCACCAAGGCCAACGCCUCCACUGCUUCAUUUGACCAUGUCAACGUCACUGUUCACAACGGUGCUGCUGGAUUUUACUCCUACGGAACCGGCACGGUCGUUAAUGUUACCAACUCAUGGCUGUACUCGUCCGGCCCUGUGAGCCAUGGCCUAUACGCCUCGGGUAAUGGAACCAUCUACGCCAGUAAUCUGGAAGUAUACUCUGGUGGCAUGCGCUCCUCAAGCUUCUCCGGUGACUCACCUGGAGGUUACAUCUAUGUGAAGGACAGUGUUGCGAGUGCUGCUGGAAUCGGCUCUGCUACCUUCUACGCCCUGGGCUCGAUAUAUGCCCAAAAUGUCGUCAGUGUCUCGGAGAAAGGUCCUGUUGUCUUCUCAGAUGGUGCCCAGUCCACCACUUUGGUCAAUUGCGAGUGCACGGCCGGUCUUCUGGGCGGCGUAGCAAUGUUCAGCAGCUCUACCCGGUCAAGCGGUGCCACUCUGAACCUGACCAACACCAAAUUUACCACGACAGGCUCGACCAUGCCAGGUCUGUGGUUUGGCAAUCUGGUCGGCAAGGUGACUCUCAACAACACCGAGCUCAACACCGCCUCCGGAAUCCUAGUUGUCGCCAAUUAUUCCCAGAUCACUCAGGAUUUCGAUUACUACGCCAGCUACUCGGACAACAACAGCCUCAGGCCGGCCGAGGUCACUGUCUCGGUAUCCGAGUCGAGUCUGUCUGGUGAUCUGGUUGCCUAUAAUGGCAGCUAUAUUGGCUGGACUCUGGCGGAUUAUAGCAGCUGGACUGGGGCUGCUUACUCCGGCUACAAAGAUGCCACCUUUGACGUCGCUUUGGACUCUACUAGUAACUGGACCUUGACUGCCGACACCACGGUUCGCAACUUCACAGACACCCUGAGCACUCUCAAGAACAUUCAAUCACAAGGCUUCACCUUGUACUACAACGCGACUGUGAGUACUUGGCUAGAUGGGAAGACCAUCCGUCUGCGCGGUGGCGGUGUGGCUCGUCCUGCCUCUUCAAUUUCGAGCCGAGUUCGUCACAAGGCGCGAUCUUGGAGGGUUUAG